AGAAAACAAAGAGAUGGAGGCUGUAAAGAAAAUUGUACUUCUCCUAUUGGUUCACAUGGCUUUUUUCCUAGAAAUUAAGGCUGCAGGAGAGAUAAUAUCAAGUUCUGACGGUGGAUUUCAUUACAGAUAUCUUGGCUGUUACCGUGACAGGCCAUCAGCUCGAGCUCUUCCUAAGCUCUACUUUAAUGCCAAAAAGUACGUCAAUUGGAAAGUCAAAGGAUAUAACUUCAAAACAGUGAUUAACAUGUGCGCUGCGCAUGCGCUUAACACAAGUGAUGUGUUCGUGUUUGGAGUUCAGCACUUCGGAGAAUGCUGGGGAAGUAGCAAAGAAACUGGUUAUGAUGUGUACAAGGAAUCAAAACAAUGCUUUUAUGGUGUUGGUGGUAAAUGGACAAAUGCAGUGUACGAGCUAGUUUAUGAGUGUGAAGCUAACGGGAUGAAAUACAAAGACGGACAAACAUUCUAUAUUCCACAGAAUCCUAUUGUUUACAACGAUAUGGGCUGUCAGAUAUGUUCAUGUGAUCGAGGAGCCAAGAAUUGUUACGGUAGAGCCAGCUGUGAUUUUUUCUUUCCCUGCGAGAAGUUUGUUCCAGCUGCUCAGGGAAAAUGUUGUCCUACUUGCGCUUGUUAUCACAAAAACAAGUACUACAAAGACGGUCAGACUUGGAUAAACAGGCAACCAAAUAGCUGUUAUGAAUGCGCAUGCGUCUCAAGCCAGACGAAAUGUAAAGUGGUGCAAUGUGCGGCGAAUUGUCCAAACCCGGUGUACGAGCCUGGGAAUUGCUGUCCAACAUGUAAUCCCGGUGCACCUGUUACUUUAGAGCCUGCCAUCGAGGUAACUGAACCCACUACCAGACCGCCUCCACUUCUCCCGCCUGGUUUCCCCGGUAACCACAAACGUGGUUUAAAAAUUAAGGAGAAAGAUGAAGAGAGGCAAUAACUGAUAAAACAAGAACAUGAAUUGAAGAACA